AUGGAUAGAGCGGCGGCGACCAUGGAAGUGGGGCUAACUCUGGAGGAGGGGAGGAGUCUCAACAAAGGGGGGAGGCAAAGGGCAUCGGUGGAGACUUCUUUGUCUCUUGGGCAAACAAAGCAGCAAAGGGCAGCCCAGUACCCAAGCCAAGCCGGCCCAGUUGAUGCUGCAGAUUAUCAGCACUUCAACGAGGCAGGAGAAGAAAACGUAGGCCAGAAAAAGAAAAAGAGGAAGGGAAUGGGCCUGGCAAGUGGAGGGAGGUCCACGGCCGAUUUGAUUGGAGAAGAGGAUUAUUUUGUUGGGCCAGCAGGUUCUUUUGAGAUGAGAGGACAAGGAGAGGCCACUAGAAAGAAGAAUAAAAAAUUCAUGCCUCAGCAUCCUAACAGCUCAAAGGGGAUUAAUUUAGAAAUUGAUCCAGAGGGGAAGGGAAAGAAGAAUAAGGCAGUGGUGUUUCGACAGAAGCCACCUCUUCAGGAAUGA